GGAAAACUGAUAAGCCCGCAGAACCUGCGCCGCUAGACUGCAACUAGAGCGUCCCUCGUCAUUUUUGCCCUUAUCACGCCAUUUACGGGCCAAUCGUGCCAAUCGUGCCAAUCAUCCCAUCCGCUGCCAGCUUCCCACGCCCUCGUUUAAAUAUCGGAAAUCUCUGCUGCAGGGCCCGUCGAUCUCUGCACCCGAUCUCCCCAAACCUUCUUCGCGAACCAUGACGGCCCCGAUGUAUGCCGACGAGAAAGCCCCCCGGACGCCCGCCGACGUCGCCGAGUUGUCCUCGGAUGAGUCCAACGCUGCCGACAUCUUCAAUGCGCUGGUGACCGAAGACCACCAACAUGAGAUCAAACUCCGCACCAUGUCCUGGCAAAAGGCCGCGUGGUUACUUGCGGGAGAGCAAGUCUGUCUGGCCAUCAUGGCCCAGACAUGGUCGCUGUCCGUGCUCGGCUGGGUCCCCGGCAUCAUCACCAUGGUCUUGUCCGGCAUCCUCUUCUGGAUCACCUCCACCACCAUGCACCGGUUCAUCAUGAAACAUCCGCAAAUCAGGGACAUCUGCGACUUUGGCUACUAUGCCUUCGGGAACAGCCGGAUCGCGUACAUCUUCGCUGGCUUCAUGCUGCUGGCCAACAACAUCCUGCUGAUCGGAUUCCACAUCCUGACCGGCGCCAAGAUCCUCGACACCUUGUCAGAUCACUCCUUGUGCACCGUGUCCUUCUCCGCCAUCUGCAUGGUCAUGGGCAUCAUCAUUUCCGCCCCCCGGACGCUGCACCACGUCUCGUUCAUGUCCAUGUUUUCGUCGGCCUGUAUGGCCAUUGCUAUCCUGCUGUUCCUCAUCUACGCCGGCAUCGAAAAUGCGCCGGGGGCCGGGUACAACGGGAACUAUCCCACCGACGGCCCGGUGCAUACCUACGCCUUCCCCUUGCCCGGCACCACCUGGGUCAACUGCCUGAAUGCCGUCCUGAACAUCACCUUCCUCUGGGUGCCCCAGAUCCUCUUCCCCAGCUUCAUCGCCGAGAUGGAGCACCCGGAGGAGUUCAACAAGUCGCUGGCCGUCCUGGUCGGCAUCUCCACCAUCCUGUUCAUUGUCCCGCCCGCCAUUGGAUUCCGGUAUCUGGGCCAAUAUUCCACGGCGCCGGCCUUUGGGAGUCUCGCCACGGCGGCCUACAAGAAGAGCUCCUUCGGGUUCGUCAUCGUGCCCACCCUGUUCAUCGGCGCCAUCUACGCCAAUGUCACCGCCAAAUUCAUCUACUCCCAUCUCAUGGGCGCCUCCAAGCAUGCGCACAGCAACACCGUCAUCGGCUGGGGGGUCUGGGGACUGGUCAUGGCCUUCAUCUGGGUGCUGGGCUUCAUCUUCGCCGAGGUCAUUCCCAGCAUGGGGGACUUCCUGUCCCUGCUGGGGGCCGCCUUUGAUUCCUUCUUUGGCUUCAUCUUCUUUGCGGUCGCAUAUUGGCAACUGUACAAGCGCAAGCUCUUUGACGGGCCCGGGCGGACGGUGAUGACCGUGAUCCACCUUUUUGUCCUGGCUUGUGGCCUGUUCUUGCUGGGUCCGGGCCUGUAUGCGGCCGUGGAGGCCAUCAUUGCCGACUAUUCGGGGUCGGUGUCCCCGGCGUUCAGUUGUGCCAGUCUAGGGAUUUGAACCAGUUAGUCCAGAGCCCGUUUUCGCUUCCAAUGAUAUCCCACCGUGCGGUAUGAGUCUCUUGUAGUAUUCGCUAGCUACCAUGCAGCCUCCAUUCGGCGAGGACCGUCUGGUCACUCACCAAUGAAUUUCCUGUCCUGAAACAUUUUCAUCGCCCCGCCGAUGAUCUGCUGCCGCAAUAAUAUAAUAGGCUUUCCCG